AUGACUAGCAAUUCUCAAACUCGUCUAUACCUAGAUUUGUCUAAGGUUGAGUCUCUUGAUGGAAUUAAUUAUAAGGGAUGGUCACAAAGGAUGUUAAUUGCUUUUGAACAAGUAGAAAUUGAUUAUGUUUUGUUUAGGGAUGCUCCAAAACCUAUUGAGCAAACCAAUACCAUGAUUGAAAUUCCUAGUACUCCUGUUCUUGGGAAUAAAGAAUCUAGCUCUAGUCAGAUGACCACUACUGUUGUUGCUAAUGAAUCUGAAAUCAAGAAAUUUGAUCGUGAUAAUAAAUUUGUUAGAGGUCAUCUUUUGAACAGCAUGAAAUACAACAUAUUUGAUUUGUAUGUUAAUAUGAAAUCUGCUAAGGAGAUGUGGGAGUCCUUAGAGAAGAAAUAUGGUGCUGAUGAUGCUGGGAAAAAGAAGUAUGUGACUGGAAAUUGGUUGAAUUUUAAAUUGGUUGAUACUAAGCCUAUCAUGGACCAAGUCCAUGUGUAUGAAAAUUAUGUUGCUGAAAUUCUUGCUCAGGUUAUGAAGAUGUGUGAAAUCCUUCAGGCUAAUGUCUUGAUUGAAAAAUUGCCUGAUUCCUAG